AUGGGAGCGCCGGAGAAAUCACCAAGUACGAACAAUUCGAUGCAGCGUGUUAAGGUCUACCAACUGAAUGAAGAUGGGAAAUGGGAUGACCAAGGAACUGGGCAUGUCACUGUUGAUUAUUUAGAGAAAUCUGAAGAACUAGGUUUGUUUGUUAUUGAUGAAGAUGACAAUGAAACAUUACUUUUGCACCGAAUCAGCUCAGAUGAUAUCUAUAGGAAGCAAGAAGAUACCAUUAUUUCUUGGAGAGAUCCAGAGUAUGCAACGGAAUUAGCUCUUAGCUUUCAAGAGACUAAUGGGUGCUCUUACAUAUGGGAAAACAUUUGCCGUGUGCAAAGGAAUAUGCAUUUCAGUACCCCUACCAAUGAGACAUAUCAUAGUGUCAAUAGUGAGUUGAGAGAAUUGCCCGCAGUUGAGCUAUCUACACUUCCUUUAAUACUCAAGACUGUGGCUGAGGGUGGCAUUGCUGAUCAGUUGCUUGUGACAGAACUCAUACUGCAUGAUCAAGAUUUUUUUCGGAAGCUGAUGGACCUGUUUGGGAUCUGUGAAGAUUUGGAAAAUAUGGAUGGUCUUCACACGAUUUUCAAAAUAGUCAGGGGGAUCAUUUUUCUCAAUAGUCCUCAAAUUUUUGAGAAAAUAUUUGGGGAUGAAUUGAUCAUGGAUGUUAUUGGAUGCCUUGAAUAUGAUCCUGAUGUACCUCAUGUGCAUCAUCGCAAUUUUCUAAGAGAACAUGUGGUGUUUAAGGAGGCUAUACCCAUUAAAGAUCCUGUAGUUCUCUCGAAGAUUCACCAGACUUACAGAGUUAGUUAUCUGAAGGAUGUUGUUUUGCCUAGAGUAUUGGAUGAUGCCACUGUUGCAAAUCUCAAUUCCAUAAUAUAUGCAAAUAAUGCACAUGUCAUUUCUUUGUUAAAAGAUGACAGCACAUUCAUUCAGGAAAUGUUUGCAAGAUUGAAAUCAUCUACAAUUUCCGCUGAAUCUAAGCAAAAUUUGGUAAAUGGUCAUUCUUCACUCUCUUAUCUUAGUUAA